AUGUUGACGCUCCUGGAAGCAAGCGGCAUCCCUAUACUUAGGAGGGUAAAUAUAAACCUCAGAGACACUUGUGGGGCCUUCAGCAUUGAAUGCCCUGACGAAGAAAGUGAGAAGGUUAUCUAUCUGAGUGACACUAGGAAGGACGUUGACCUCUAUGAGGAGCCAUGGAGAGAUCACCAAGAAAUGAGGGUUUGGGCGGGCCUCUCUGGAAGGCCAUAUACGGGUUCCUUCCAAGUGCGUCCACAGGAGACCCUGCGGCUCAAUGCUCGUUUCAGACCGCCCGCUGCAGAUGCCCGUUUCGCGGCCAGACUCCAAGUUACCGUUCUCAAUAAUGACUAUGAUGCAACAGACAUUGAGCUCAUCGGUGAGACACGGGAGGAGAAAUCAGGCGUGCAUUUAACUGGUCUGCCUCGACUGGAACGUGCACGAGCUGAAGCCAUCCAAUCUGCCAUCACCAGCUGGGCUGCCCAACCACCAAAUGAUUGUCCUUUCUCCUUGGAGACGACACUUCCGAAACCGCUGGGAGAAUCUUGGCUGAAGGAGCUUGACGUGGCUGCAGUUGACGGUAAGUUUUCUUACCAGCUUAUGAAAAUUAAAUCCCAAGUAUUAAGUGCUUGA